GCAAAAAAAACUUAAAUCAGUGAUUUUAACCCUUUUUUCCCCUUUUGUGUGUGUGUGUGUGUGAUGAUGAUGAUGAUGAAGACUUCACGUCCACUCUAAUGUGCCUGUAUAGAUGUGUACCUGUGAUGGAUGACGUGCUGACAGGUGUGUAGUGUGCAGUGGAUGAAGCUAGCGUCAGGUGGCUCGGCCAAUCAGCUGCCAUGUCGAAUAGCGUGAAGCCGCUCGUUCCUCCCAUAAUCCUCCUGGAGGGGGCGGAGGAGGUGACGGUGAUCGAGGCAGAGGACACGACGAAGAGGCAGUCAUCUGAUGCUGGUGCACUUUUUAACAUCAACAACAGCAACAACAAUGAGGAACAGGAGCAAAAAGAAAAAAAGAAGAAGGAAAAGAAAGAGAAAAAGGAGACAAAAGAAAAGAAAGAAAAGAAGAAAAAGAAGGAGAAGAAGAAGAACAAAGAGCAAGAGGAGAAGGAGAAGGAGAAAGAGAAGGAGAAGGAGAAAGCCAAGAAAGAGGAGCCGAAGGAGGUUUACGUCAUCGAUCCUGCGGGAAACACCUACUACAACUGGCUCUUCAUCAUCACCUGUCCCGUCAUGUACAACUGGGUUCUGAUCAUCGCCAGAGCCUGUUUUGAGGAGUUACAGCAAGAUUAUUUGGUAAACUGGUUCAUCAUUGAUUUUCUAGCAGACCUCGUUUACCUGGCGGACAUGGUCUUCAGGACAAGGACAGGGUAUCUGGAGCAGGGUCUGCUGGUUAAAGACGAAAAAAAGCUCAGAGAACGGUACAUAGAGAGUGUCCAGUUCAAGCUGGACCUCAUUUCUAUGAUUCCCACAGACAUUUUUUACUUUUUUUUCGGCCUCAACUACCCCGAGAUCCGCAUGAACAAGCUCUUCCGGGUCAACCGACUCUUUGAGUUUUUCCAGCGCACAGAAACGAGGACCAACUUUCCCAACGUCUUCCGGAUCUCCAACCUUGUCAUGUACAUCGUCAUCAUCAUCCACUGGAACGCCUGCCUCUACUACUCCUUCUCCAAAGCUAUUGGUUUUGGGGCUGAUAGGUUCGUCUACCCGGAUACCACAGACCCCGAAUUCGGUCGUUUGGUGAGAAAAUACGCAUACAGCAUGUACUGGUCCACUUUGACCUUGACCACCAUUGGAGAAACUCCGCCUCCUGAGAAGGAUUCUGAGUACUUCUUUGUAGUUACAGACUUCCUAGUUGGAGUUUUGAUCUUUGCUACAAUUGUAGGUAAUGUUGGUUCCAUGAUCACAAACAUGAACGCAGCUCGAGCAGAUUUUCAAGCCAGAAUCGAUGCGAUCAAGCAGUACAUGAGUUUUCGGAAUGUGACCAAGGACCUGGAGAAACGCGUCAUCAAAUGGUUUGAUUACCUUUGGACCAAUAAGAAGGCUGUGGAUGAAAGGGAAGUGCUCAAGUACCUCCCAGAUAAGUUACGAGCAGAAAUAGCCAUCAAUGUGCAUCUGGACACUCUUAAGAAAGUCAGAAUCUUUGCAGAUUGUGAAGCAGGACUUUUGGUCGAACUUGUGCUAAAGCUCCAGCCACAGGUUUACAGUCCUGGUGAUUAUAUUUGCAAAAAAGGUGACAUUGGCCGUGAGAUGUACAUCAUUAAAGAAGGAAAGCUAGCUGUGGUGGCUGAUGAUGGCGUCACACAAUUUGUUGUCCUCAGCGAUGGAAGCUACUUUGGUGAGAUCAGCAUCCUCAAUAUCAAAGGCAGUAAAGCUGGAAACCGAAGAACAGCCAACAUACGCAGCAUCGGAUACUCGGAUUUGUUCUGCCUUUCCAAGGACGACUUGAUGGAAGCACUGACCGAGUAUCCAGACGCAAAGGCUAUGCUGGAGGAAAAAGGACGCCAGAUCCUCAUGAAGGACAACCUGCUGGAUCUUGAGCUGGCAAAACAGGGACCUGACCCCAAGGACAUGGAGGAGAAAGUGAUAAAGAUUGGCACAGUAUUGGACGACAUGCAGACACGUUUCGCUCGUUUACUUUCUCAACACGAGGCCACGCAGAGCCGCCUGAAGAGACGUGUCGCCAGACUGGAGGGCAAAAUCACCACCUCCACUGGGGUCACCUUCACCGGGGCGACUGAGACCGAGCCGCCUCCUGAGAAAUGAGGGAGAAAUCAGAGGAGCAGAAGAACGAUGAAAAGUUCAACAGUAAUGGGGAAGAGAAGUUACUCUGUGCAUUUCUACACAACUAGUGAACAAGGGGAAGGAGGUAGAAUGGACAUUUUAAAAAAGGGAGUCGAAGGUGUUUAAAGGAGGCUGCAUCUGAUUCAGGAAGAAACACAGAUUUUAUUUUAUGUGAGCAAAAAUUCACAACUAAAUUUACAGAGUACAGUUUUGUAUUCUGUGACACGAUCUACAGUUUAGUAGAUUAUUGAAUCAUGGGUAGACUGUUAAAUCGAUUUGAUUUUUUUAAAUUCAGUUCGAUUCGCUAGCACUAAUGUUAACUGUCUGAUUUGUUUCAGCAGCUCUAUUUCUUAAAAGUUAUGAAUUAUAUAAAAUUACUACAAUUAUUUACAAACACUGCAGUGCAGAGUAACUUGUGUUGUGGAUCGUUUAACUGUCACAUUUCAUACAUUUGAAGAAAAGUGUUACAUUUAUUUCCUUUGCCCAUCUUCUGCUCCCCACUCCAGUCCAGUAGGUGGAGGUAUUGCACCAACUGCCUACGAACUUAAAAGAAGAAGAAACGAUACUCUCGCUAAAGAGAGUACGGUAUUUGCAGAAUAUGAAAGUGGUUUCUGUUUUCUGCUAAAGCUGUGGUAUAUUUUAUAUCAAGUUAAUUACAGAAUUGAUUAUAAAUUGCACGGUUUAGCAAUGAGAAUGUUAUUGCUAUUUUGAGCUCAUGUGGUUUUAAUCUGAAAAUAAAAACAGUCAAAUACCCCAUUAUCAUCCAUACAUACCAUUACUUGGAUUGUAUUAUAUUUACUGUAUUUGAAGUGUAAAGCAUUUGACUAAUUUUUGAUUUAUAUGUAUAGCUAUUUCUACCUUGGAAAUUGUAGAUACAAA